AUGAAAUUGAAUGGUGGCUUUUCAUUAGAAUUGACCACUCAUUCUCCAAAAAUUGAUCGGAUCAUGGGGGAAGUCACAUUGGAACAAUUGAACGAACAAGUUCAGGCCUUAACUCAUUUGUGUCAGAAGCAAUCCAAGAUUAUUGCUAGUACUGGACAACAACUCUUAGAGCUUCAAAAACAACGACUUAAGGAAAUUGAUACCACUCCAGACCUUUCAAAGAUAGAUUUUGAUGACUUUGUCACCAAUGACGAUUUGGUUGGACUAGUUGCCGAAUUACAAGGUCAAUUAGAACAAUUAGAUGAGCGACUGAUUCGUCGGACAUUUAAUUCUAGUUCUAAAACAAUCAUUGCUCCAUUAAUUAAUCAGGAUGGUGAAUUACCUGAAAAACUGUUAUUUCCUGCUACCAUUAGUGAAUUGGAAUCGAUUGAAAAGUUUGCUUUAGUACUGCUUGCCGAGUUUUAUGAUUUGACAUUAAUCGAUGAAACCAUACCUUUUGAUAAACGAGUGGAAGCUGUGACUGAUGAGAAAGAAAUUGAUUUAUUUAAUUUAUUAGCUCAAUAUUUGGGUCUUGGUGUGAGACGUGGGUCUCCUGAAUGGUGA